AUGGCUGGUCGAAGCCCACUUCGUGCCCUCAUCAUUGGUUCCCCUGUGCGUAUGGAACGUAGCACGCUCGACGUGACUCACUGACACGUCUUACUCUGCGAUAGGGCUCGGGAAAAGGCACGCUGUCCGGAAGGCUGGUCGAACAUGCGCCAGCUUUGAAGACUUUCAGCGCUGGGGACAGCUUGAGAUCGCACAUCAGACGAAAGACGGAGGUAGGCCGACAAGCCGAGAACGUCAUCAAGGAUGGAGGUCAGUCAUGCUGCUUUGGUGCACGAGCGCAUACAUUCGGCUUAAGUGCCGGCUUCUUCGAUGUCAGGGCUCAUGCCCGAUCAGACCAUGAUGGAUGUCAUCUGGUCCGAUCUCAAGGCUGCGCGCAAUGGGGUGAGCCGAAGCUUGGCACUGGCUUGCAAAUCAUUGGCUAUCCGCCGGAUUUUGACACUGCAAGCCGCUCUUCUGUGCACAGCCGUGGAUGCUCGAUGGAUAUCCGAGAACCAUCGGUCAAGCCAAGCUGCUGGACUCAACAUUGGAACAGGAAGGUGACCCACUGGACCUCGUCAUCAAUCUAGAUGUGCCACCAGAUGUGGUGCUUGCCCGCAUUCUAGGUGCGCGGACGAGGAUGCCUCAUUGCGCGCCGACUUAGACCCACUAAGACGCCAUGACGCCUUUGCUCCGAGCAGAUCGAUGGGUGCAUCCCGCUUCUGGCCGUGUAUAGUGCGUAUGCCGAAUCUGCGACGGGUGGCGAUCAUGGGCGAGGAGACACGCUGAUCGAUGUGCUGCAUUCUUAGCAACACGAGUUUCAACAAGCCCUUGAAGGAAGGCUUGGACGAUAUCACUGGCGAGCCGUUAGAGCAGCGACCGGACGACAAUGUGGUGAGGACGCGGUAUGAACGUGAUCUUCGCCUCGCGUGUCCCCGCCCCGCUCACCCUGCAGCGCCAUCACCAAUCUUCUGCGCAGGAUGCGUUCGCAACGAGACUCGCAACGCAUCAUCGUGAGGUCGCACCUAUAUUGGACUACUACAGCAGCCCUACCAAAUCCUUGUCCAGACCGCCUCUCUUUGCCAAUCUGAAGGGGAAUACCAGCGCAGAGAUUUGGCCUCAGCUUUGGGAAGUUGUCAAGAAGUUUCGUUUGGAGUAG